AUCCGUUAAAGCAGCGUUUGAUAUUCGUCUCUGGUGGUGUUGCGUCAACAACCUGCCGAGAGCUUGGCGGCGCUGGUCCACGGUUGGCGACUCUCCGUCACAGACAGAAAUGCCAUAACAGCAGCAUCAAUAUCCCCACCCGAAGUUCGCAUGUUAUUCACCUGGACCCGCGUUACGACAAUGAUUUCAAGCCACAUUUGACCACAAACUGUCAAGGGAUUGCGCCAAGGCUGUUGCUGUCUAUUUGGUGGUGACAUCGUUUGUUGCUUUCUGGUGUGGAGCAGCAUCUGGAAUAUUGUAGGAUGCAAAGGGGUUCCCUAGGGGGCCUGUAAAGAUGAGCGUGACAUCAUGGUUCCUGGUCAGCAGCUCUGGCACCCGCCACCGCCUCCCACGGGAGAUGAUCUUUGUGGGCCGGGAGGACUGUGAAUUCAUGCUGCAGUCUCGAAGUGUGGACAAGCAGCACGCCGUCAUCAACUACAACCCUGCUACAAAUGAGCACCUGGUCAAGGACCUGGGCAGCCUCAAUGGAACCUUUGUGAAUGACCUGAGGAUCCCAGAUCAAACCUACAUCACCCUCAAACUGUCUGAUGUCAUUCGCUUCGGAUAUGAUUCCCAUGUGUACAUCCUAGAAAGGAGCCAACACAAAGUCCCAGAGGAGGCACUCAAGCAUGAGAAAUACACCAGCCAGCUGCAGAUGGGUCUGAAGGCCUCAGAGGGGAAGAUGGCUGAGCACCUGGAGUCCAAGCUAGAGAAGACAGAAAGGAAAUCUCUGUCUCAAGAGGCUCCAACCUCCCGACCCACCCCAUUAUAUGGCCAGCCCUCGUGGUGGGGGGAGGAGGAUGCGGCCGGCAAAGGACAGCACAGGCCAGAGGAGGGUCACCCAGAGAUUCCAAAGGAAGGUUCAGGCUUAGAUCCAGAGGUGAAUGGCUCCCUGUUAGAGUACAGAGACAAUCAGGGCAAGUCCAUCUUCCCCUACCACCGGGAGCCUAGCUACUUUGAGAUCCCUACCAAGGAGUUCCAGCUGCAUCCCAAGUCCCUGGGGGCAGAGCUCCAUGAGAUCCCCACCAAGGACACAGACACGCCCUCUGCACAAGCCCUUCCCACCCCCACCACACCCAGUCCCCCUGUGGUGCAGAGCCACGCCUCCUUCACCAUAGAGUUUGAUGACUGCACGCCAGGCAAGAUCAAGAUCAAGGACCACGUGACCAAGUUCUCCUCGCGCCAGAGGAAGCAGCAGCAGCAAGCGUCCGGGAAAACUCUGGCCACCACACCCACUGAGGUGAUGUCAGCUGAGUGCAAGGUGGUAGAUUGGUUGGUGCACAGUGAUGUCAGAAUGAUGAGGAGACGUCCCACGUGUGAGGAUGUUUACAGUGUCAAGAGUGACCAGGCCGUCAACAUCAAAAGCCUCAAAGGACACCACCAUGACGAUGGGACCCAGAGUGAUUCUGAGGACCCGGUCUUAGGGAAAGGGAAGCGAAGCAAGUCACACCACCGGGUCCAGUCGCAACAUUCGAUCCAGUCAAAGCUUUCCCUGUCUGAGCUCUCGGAACCGUCACAACAGACAGUGCUGUCAUACCAAUUAGUCAAGUCACAACAGACACAGCAGACAGUCCAGUCACACCAAUUGAUCCAGUCUGAGCAGUCAGUUAUGUCAGUCCAGUCACACCAGACAGUCCUGUCAGUUCCGUCGCAGCAGUCAGUUUCGUCACAAAGGUUACUUCAGCCUCAGCCUCAGUUUUCCCCUCCCAAACUGACCCCAGUUUCUCCUGUGGCCCCUGAAAGGCCCCUGUCUCAAAGCCCGCCUGAGGCUCGCUCCCCCACCAUGGGUCCCUCUAAGCCCGGCCCCCAGGAGCCCCUCACCCAGCAAGCCUUCAUCAUAGAGUUCUUCGACGACAACCCGCGCAAGAAACGCUCGCAAUCCUUCACAGCCAAUCCUGCCCACGCAGACUCUUACUCCGCCCUCAAGGCCAAGCUGGAGCGGAGGAAGGGUGGAGAGAGGCCAAACUCCAUGCAUGGCCACAUCCCUCCCACCCAACAGGUGACUGUUCCUCUGAAGAGUCAGGGCCACGGCGGGUCCCAGAGGUCUAGCUCCCUGAAGAGAGAGAAGACGGAGGAGCCCCUGAGUGGAGGCAGUGCCUCCUCUUCCUCCGGUUCUGGGCCUUCCUCUCGCACCUCCUCUGGCAUCACCAUCAAGCCGUUUGGCAGUGUGGGGAAGAAGACCAAGCUGGCCCAGGAGUUUGCAGCAGAGUUCCUGAUGAAAGAUACAGUCCACAGAGCCUUGUCUCCCACCAGGGAUAAGACGUCUCCCCCUCCUAUGUCCGCUCCCCCGGUGAUGGUGAUGUCACCCUCUCGCACCCACAUUCCGUCCCCCUUAGACCCCCCUUCCUCCGUCUCCUAUCCCUCCACCCCCUUGCAACCCACUGCGCCACGUUCCUACUCUCCAACUCCUGCCCCUCAUUCCCCAGUCCUAGCCACCUCCCACCCCCCCUCCCGCAGCCCUGUCCAGGCUGCCUCCCCAGCCCACUCCUUGCCCCCUCAGAUGCCCCUGGGUCUGGGGUUGCGUGGGGUGGACCCUAAAGUCUCCAGGGUGGUGAGAAACGAGGAAGAGGACAGUCUGAGUGAUGCCGGCACAUACACUAUCGAAACAGAGUCCCAGGACAAAGAGGUGGAGGAGGCACGCAACAUGAUCGACCAGGUGUUUGGGGUCCUCGACUCACCAGAGUACAGUGGUGCCGGAGUGUAUAGACCCAUCAUUAAUGAUGGCAAAGACGAGCUGGCAAUGCUCCGGCCUAGUGACGAUAGUACUGUGGAUCAAAUGGCAGCAGUUUCUAUGCAUGGCUUUAACCCAGCCACCCUCAGUGGGGCCCCCUCAGGCCCCAGCCAGGUGCAGUCUGCUAACAAUGCAGCACAGGAGGAGGGGCCUAAGUGGGUUUCUCGCUGGGCCAGUCUGGCAGACAGCUCUACUCCACCUCAAGGGGAAUUUGCAGAGGGAGAUGUGCAGUUGAUACCUAGCCACAGCGUGGAUAACUCUGAGUUAGAGGGUAGCCAGAGUUGUAGGACCAGGAGGCUGCUUCCCCAGGUUCCACCUGGAGACAGAGACAAGCCAGAGAGCCUCAACCCCAGCAUCCUGAUCUACCCAGGUCCUGAACCCACCCUGGAGAGGAGUAGUGGUGCGCCCCGGCAUCAGGACAACACCCAGAGUCUUUGUGUCCAGGACGAUGUAGACCCAGACAGCCUGAGUGACGCCAGCCGCUCUGACGAUGGCUCUUUGCUGGAGAGGACCAGGAAGAGCCAGGGGAGGAAGAAUGGCGCUAAGGGUCAAGAUAAGCUGUCUCCGACUCAGUCUACCAAGUCCACCUCCUUUUACAUUGGGUCUGAGGAUGGCAGCUCAGGCAAGCCGGACCUGGCCCGAAGCCCUAUUCUUUCUCAGGGGCCUGAGAGGGGGCGAGACACCCCUGCCAAAACCUCCCCCACCACCAUCCUCAUCAGGCACCUGAGCAGCCACGAGCCCCGGAGGUUGGGCGUAAAGCCUAACAACUCAGCCCCCAACCUCCACUCCCAGCAGGACAAAGACUCUAAAGACCCCAGUAAAGACAUCCUGGGGUCCUCCUCGUUCGUCAGGCAGGAGAGUUUCACCAAAGAGCGACCCAGUGAUGAUGUCCAGAUCAAGAGGCUCCCACACAUCUCCAGUCACCCCACCUUGAGGGACAUGGAGCAGAGAGAGACGACCCAGGACCCACAGCCCUUCCUCAGGGAAGAAGCAGAUGUUGUUCUCUCCUCUCUGGAGGUCACGUUCCCUUCCUCAGGCUCCGGACGCAGCUCUAAGAGAGGAGGCUCCUCCAGUCACAUGGACGACUCUCUGUCUGGGGAAUCAGAUGUGGAUACAGCCAGCACCGUCAGCCUGGUCAGCAACAAGAACACCCCUGUCACCACAGGCCCUAAGAAGAGGAUGACCGUCGGUGGCUUCCAGAAGGAGAGAUCUUCCUCCAGUCAAUCUGUCCAGGGGAAGGGCCACCGCCAGCCCACGGCCCGCGAGCGUCUGUCAGAGAAACGCCGCAGCCACGUGGCAGCCAGUGAUAACUCCAGCAGCAAGGCCGAGCAGGCCAAGCGCUUCCAGAUGCGGCGCAGCGUGGGGAACCGUGGCUCCCUGGACCUAUCAGAGGGCCAGCAGGGUUCUGGUCAGCACUGGCCUGACACUGCCUCUGACCAUGACACCGGUCCCCGCCCCACCAGCCGUAACAAGAAACUCAUAGCGCCCCUACAGAAAGAGGACAAUGGGAAGACCGCCAAGAGUGCAGCACAGCAGGCACUGAUCCGCUCCAACAGCCUGUCAGCACCAAGGCCCACCCGGGCAUCCAUGCUGCGCAGGGCACGUCUGGGAGAGACUUCUGACAACGAGGGAACUGAGACAGACCGGGGGUCCCAGAACUCAGACCACAUUGGUGCCUCCAGCAAGGUGUCUGCUGAUGGGAAGAAGCUCCUCUCCAGACUGGACAUCUUAGCCAUGCCCAGGAAGAGAACAGGCUCCUUCACUACGCCUAGUGACAACGAGUCCUCCACCACGACCCCUACAACCCGGCCUGGCUUCUCCAACAGGAGUGCAGAAUCAACUGGGCCUAUCAGGAAGACAUCAGUGGGUGAAACAGGGGCCAAGCAGGGGGCCACAAGAGGGGUCGGAGCCCCCGUGAAGCAGCUCCUCACCCGCACACGCUCCAACGGGGCGAAAUACUCCAGCACAACCUGUUCCCGUCGAAGGCAGAAAGGUUCAGACUAUACCUCCACAUCUGAGGAGGAAUAUGAGGCCAGCUCUGGAACCCCCAAACACAAACGCUCCUCCCACACGUCUGCUGCCACACAGACCCCCCGGGCUCAGAAGGAGAAGGCUGCAGUAGCAGCAGUCGCUCGGUCCAAGUCCGGCUCACUGGAGACUGAGGAGGACGAAGUCCAGAAUGAGACUGACCACUACCAGAACUGGACCACACACAGCGCCGAGAUAGCAAAGCUCAGUCAGGACUUGGCCAAGGACCUUGCCAUUCUGGCCCGUGAGAUCCAUGAAGUGGCGGGGGACGGGGACUCCCAGAGUUCCUCUGGAAUGGGCACAAACCCCUCCCCCAGCUCUGCACCCAACACACCCGGGCCCGCCUCCACCAUCCCCAUCUCUAGCCGGGAAGAGAGGCCAUAUACAUCUUUGCGAGGGGUCCUCCCAUCUCAGCUGGUCCAACAUAUCCCUGAAGCCAGCUUAAACUACCAGAAGGUUCUACUAUCGCCAGGUUCUACCGCUGUCAUGGACCUGGAUCCUAACAUGAAUGACCAAGACCCAAGCUCUAAGCCACGGUGGAACCGUGAAGAGGUGAUUUUGGACAAUCUGAUGUUGAACCCUGUUUCUCAGCUCUCUCAGGCCAUUCGGGAGAACACAGAACAGCUGGCUGAGAAAAUGAAGGUUUUAUUCCACAAUAAGACUGAGGCCUGGGAGGAGAUUGAAGCGAAGAUCAAUGCUGAAAACGAAGUACCCAUCCUAAAAACAUCAAAUAAGGAAAUCUCCUCCAUCCUGAACGAGCUGAGAAGAGUACAGAAACAACUAGAAAUGAUCAACAGCAUUGUGGAACCUGGUGGAGCUGGCAUUGGGAAACCUAAGGUGGCAGCGGUGGCUGCUGCUACUUCUGCUGGACAGGCCACCAGGUCCCCCUUACGGCAGAAGAAAGCCCCAAGUAAGCCCACUGGGCCUGGAGACAGACAGCGUGGGGCCAGCCCCUCUACCAGCCCCACCACCUCCAAACACAACACCAACGAAAGCACCAAGAGGUCCACUCGAGGACACAAAGGGGCAAACGUUGUGGCCUGAUCAGUGAUCCCAGGGCUCUGUAGCAUCUCUUGAUGGUUAUAAUAUAAAACCAUCAUGACACAGUAUACUGUACAUUGGUUUUGACUGGUAAAGGUGUAACUGAGUACCGCUGUUUAGAAUUGCUUCUUCCACAUUGCACAAGCUCAAGUAAAAGUAGGCAAAGCUGGGUAAAAGAAGUGGUAACUUGUUGCUUGCUUUAAAUAGUGGAUUGUGGACAAAAUAAUGUCCAUAUGCCUUGUCUACUCUACUCUACUAUGUGCGAUGUGUGGUUGCCCAGUACUGUAGGCUUGGCCUAGUCUGGGUACCAGUCUUUUCAGCUAACAUGCAGCUCUUAGCCACUCCUGUCAUUUGGCAAAUGAUAUGACUGGCAAGGAGUGGAAUGUUAUAGCUGAUCAGACAGCAACCAGGCUAGGUUUGGCAAGAUGACCAAGAUAAGACAGGCUACAUCCUUGCCCAUUCUUUGUUACCAUAGUGAUGAUAA